GCUACAAUGAGCAGCUUCCUAGACUAUUCGGUGAUGAGCGGUGAAGGUGGCUCAUGCUCUGUCAGGGCUUUCCACUCGGACCACGGGAUAACAACUUUCCAGUCUUGCGCGGUCACUGUCAACAACUGCGGGGCGGAUGACCGUUUCAUGGCGAGCAGGGCUUCCCCUGACGGCAUUCCUCACCAGCCGGGGUCUUACCAGUCUACUGCGAGCUCUCUGGGUCUCACCUAUGGGGCCCACCCGGCCUGCAGCUCCAGCUAUGGACCCCAAAGUUUCUGUGCUACGUAUAACCAUUACGCGCUCAACCAGGAAGUAGACUCCACAGCUGGAUUCCCCCAGUGCGGCCCACUGAUGUACUCGGGUAACAUUUCCUCCUCCAUGGUCUCUCAGCAUCGCCAGGGUUACAGUGCCGCCCCCCUGGGCCAGCUGCAGUAUGCCCACGCUGCCUAUGGCGGCGGGCACGAGCAAGCAACCUCUUUUCCUGGGUGCUCAAACCCCCUGUCACCUCUGCACGCAGCUCACCUGGAGGCUUGCUGUUCACCCCUGUCUGAGGGUGCGUCUUCUGCACAGACCUUCGACUGGAUGAAAGUGAAGAGGAACCCACCAAAAACAGGCAGGUCAGGGGAGUACGGAUAUGGGGGUCAGCCGAACACGGUCCGGACCAACUUCACCACCAAGCAGCUAACGGAGUUGGAGAAGGAGUUCCACUUCAACAAGUACCUGACCCGGGCGCGGCGUGUGGAAAUUGCAGCUGCGCUGCAGCUGAAUGAGACUCAGGUGAAAAUUUGGUUCCAGAACCGGAGGAUGAAGCAGAAGAAGCGGGAGAAGGAGGGGCUGCUGCCGGCCAAAGCUCCAGCCUCCGACCCGGGAGAGAGCAUUCAAGAGAAAAUGGACGAUGCAACAUCUGAGAAGUCUGUCUCAGCCCCUUCUACUCCUUCUCCCACAUCCUCUACGGUGUCUUCCACGGAGGCUGAUCCUUACUCUUCCAAUUAA